AUGCAUACAAUCACCUGGCUUCAAUUCCUCCUCCUCCCAAUAGCAUCAUGCACCUUCCAAAACCCGCCCAACACCGCCCGCGUUAAAUUCCGCUACUGGCUCCCAGACCCCAGCGUAAACACGACCACAGUCCAACAUGACAUCCAAUCCGCCGGCUCAAUCGGCGCCGGUGGCGUCCAGCUCGUCCCGCUAUACAACUACGGUGGAUCCUUAGCGGCGCCCCCGUCCGGCGCAGACUGGGCUACCUACGGCUUUGGGACGGAGGCUUAUAACCGUGUCCUCAAGGCCUCGCUACAAGCUGCGAAGGAGGCAGGCAUGGUCCUUGAUUUUGCUUUAGGGCCGAAUCAGGGACAGGGUGUUCCUGCAGAGACGACGGAUCGAGGAUUGCAUUGGGAUUUGGUGCCCUUUAACACUACUGUUCCUCGCAAUGGUUCAUAUACCGGCAGGAUUCCUGGAUGGGGAUCAGGGGAGCUGGUGUCCCUCGUUUCAGCGGAAGUUUUGGCCUCGUCGGUUAUCCAGAACCCAGCCAGCUCGACCUUCAGCACACCAUCGACGAACUCUACGAGAUUAGUGCUUCGGAAUGCGUCUCUCACCGACCAUACCGAUAAAGUCUGCCAUGAUGGAACAGUGGAACUGCGAUUUGAUACAAAGUCUACUCGCCACCUCUUCGCAUACUACCAGUACCAAGACCUGGCAAAGAACCUAGACAUCGAAACCAACACCACAGAAAGCAUCUUCGACAAUGGCUCUUACAUUGUAGACCACUUCAGUGCCCGCGGUGCACAAACCACGAUUGACUUCUGGGAGGAGCAUAUCCUCAACGACUCCGAGACCAGGCAGCUCCUAUCCGAAGUCGGGAAGUAUGCCUGGGAAGACAGUAUCGAGAUCGAGUCCAACAUCUCCUGGACACCCUCGCUGCCAGAGAAAUUCCAGCAAGUCGCCGGGUACGACAUACGGAAAUACCUCCCCUUAAUCCAAUUCGGGAAUAACAACCCUGGUGUGCAGCCAUCCUACCCAGGGGAUAUCCAAUGCGUUCUCGACACCCAAGACGCCGGCCAGGGCGUGGUAAAUGACUACCGCGAAGCCCUAGCCCAGGGAUACCAAGAAUAUCUAAACACCAUCAAGGAAUGGACAUCCUCUCUCGGCCUCGAAUACUCCGCCCAGAUCUCCUACAACCUCCCGCUGGAUAUGGAAUCGAGCAUUGCACACGCCGACGCCCCUGAAUGCGAGAGCCUCGCCUUCAACGACAACAUCGACGGAUAUCGCCAGUUCUCCGGGGUCGCAAAUGUCGCGCAGAAAGGCGUCAUAUCCAACGAGAUGGGCGCGGAUAUUCGGACGGCAUUCAGGCUGUCUGUUUCGCAUCUGCUCUGGCAGAUUAACCGUGCGUUUGCGGGAGGCGUGAACCAGGUUGUCCUACAUGGGCAGACAUACUCGGGGAAUUACUAUGACACGACAUGGCCGGGGUAUGCGUCGUUCUUUAUGCUGUUUGGGGAAUCGUAUAACGAUAAGCAGCCUGCUUGGGAAUAUAGCUAUCCUGAUAUGAUUGCGCAUGCGAGCAGGAAUCAGUUUGUUUUGAGAAAAGGGAUGCCGAGGACGGAUGUUGCCUUUUUGAAUAAAGAUUCUGUUACGGAUCCUCAGCUUGGGACUGUUUAUGCUGGCAGUGAUCUUGUCGACUCUGGGUAUACGUACAGCUAUUUGUCGCCCGAUAAUCUGGAUAUAGACAGUAUUCGGGUUGACAAUGGUCUUCUUGCUCCUGAGUCUCCGGCGUAUAGGGCUAUCGUCGUUACUACCCAUCAGAACGUCACGUUGGAGUCUGUGAAGAAACUGCUGCAGUUUGCGCAGGCUGGACUCCCUGUGAUCCUCAGCGGUGGGCUGCCGGGGUACUAUCCCUCUGGGAAUGCCAGUGAUACCGUCGCUAGAAAAGAUGCAGUUACAACUGCUCUCCAUAACCUACAACGAACUGAGAACGUCUAUACCACUGGCACAAACAGGGUUGCCCAACGCCUAACAGCCAUAGGGAUUCAUCCUCGCGUCCGCAUCCAAACGAACGGCACCUGGUACCCGGUCUACAGAGCAGACAACGCAACAGAUAUAGACUACAUCUUCUUAUUCUCAGAGUCCGCCUCCAAAGCCCUGUCGAAAGGUACAAUUACAGUUCAAACCACGAAAACGCCAUAUAUCCUGAACAGCUGGAGUGGGAAUCGUUCCCCAGUCGUGCAUUACCAGGUCAACAACAACGGCACAAUCACUAUCCCACUGACACUUGCCGCGAACCAGACAACAGUACUGGCAUUCAGUAGCAGCCUCAAGAAUCAAAUCGACACGCCGGCAACUCAUGCAGUCUACCUCCCGGACUCUGUCAUCGGGUAUAACUAUACCAAAACCGCUGGACUGGCUUUACACGUCAGUACCGUCCACCGUUCAUCAAACUCGACUGUACAGCUAUCAAACGGAAAGACGCACCAUCUCCCGGUCUCACCAUCACCUGCGCCAUCAGUACAACCAGGGGACUCCAGGACAAAACCAUUCAAACUCUCAAACUGGACCCUAAAGGCCGAACACUGGACCGCUCCCGCAAACCUCUCCCACGCGGAUAUCCCAGCCGUGAAACAUAACACUACGCACUCAUUGCGUGGAACGUUCAUUCCAUCCUGGCUUGAUAUUGAGGGAUUGAAGAACGCCUCCGGUGUUGGAUAUUACCGGGCUGGAUUUCAGUGGGAUACUACCGCCAUGAAUGGUAGUAACGGUAGUAAUAUAGGAGCAUAUAUUUCCCUCCCUCCCGUCUCACACGGGCUACAAGUAUACAUCAACGGACAUCGACUUGACGGGAUUGACCUGAAUAGACCGCUUGCUGAUAUGGGACCCUACCUUACGUCCGGGGUCAAUGUGGUGGAUGUGAUUGUGCCCACUGUUAUGUGGAAUUAUAUCCGCAGGUUAUAUGGUGAUAUUGAGAUCGCAGGGUCGGCGCCCUUGUUGACCACAACGGGGCCUCUGCCGAGUCUUGCUGAGACCGGGCUUAUUGGGGAGGUAGAGGUAUGGCCGUAUGUUGUUAGUUGGAUUGAUGUUUAA